AUGGCAACCAUUCCGACCAGGGACCCUGAGAACAAGGUCCAUCUUGAGCCAGAUGCCGAAAAGGCAGAGGAAACUCAAAAUGAGUACGGGCAUGGACCUGAUAAGGCUGAUUCCAUCUCGCCUGCCGACGACGAUGCUCGCAUUAAAGCGCUGACGAGAAAGCUGUUGUUCAAGCUCGAUACAAGGACCAAUGUUGGAAAUGCCAAAAUUCUCGGUCUCGAGAAGAACAUUGGGGUGGACAAUGCCCAAUAUGCCAACGGCCUGGCCAUCUUCUUCGCUUUCUACAUCGCCGCAGAGCUGCCUUCCAAUCUGGUGUUAAAGAAGUUUCAGCCCAGGCUAUGGCUCGCCGUGUUGACAGCAGCUUGGGGGAUUGUCGGCAUGUGUUUGGGAUUCAUUCGCAAUUAUGCUUCGUUUCUUACAGUAAGGGCCUUGCUUGGUCUGACAGAAGGGGGCUUAUUGCCGGGUAUGGUACUUUUCCUCAGCUCGAUUUAUACUCGGGGGGAGAUGGCGCUUCGGAUUGGCCUGUUCUACACAAGUGCAUCCCUGGCAGGCGCAUUUGGUGGGCUCCUUGCACGUGGUCUCUCAUCCAUUGGCCCUGUGGGCUCGAUUGAUGAAGGAUGGAGAUGGAUCAUGAUAAUCGAAGGGAUUCUCACCUUCGUCGCUGGUGUCGCGGCGUACUUCCUCCUUCCAAACGACGUGGGAACUGCAUGGUUUCUAACUGCCGAAGAAAGAGAAUUUGCAAAGAAGAGACUCCGCAACGACACUUCGGCACACCUCCCAGACGGCCAUGAGUCUGAAGGAGUGGAGAAGUUCCGCUGGUCAGAAGUCAAGCGUGGAGUGCUCAACGUGCAAUUGUGGCUCAGCGCCACGGCGUAUUUCGCGAUUCUAUCUGGGCUCUAUUCAUUUGGACUCAUCUUGCCGACGAUCAUUAAUGGCUUGGGAUAUACCGCCAAUCAGGCGCAAUUAUGGUCGGUCAUCCCGUACGCCGUAGCAGCGGUGGUCACGGUCGCGGUGGCAUUCGCAUCAGACAGACUGAAGCUUCGAGGAACUGUCAUGCUUGCUGUUCUCCCGCUGGCCAUUAUCGGAUAUGCCGCGAUUGCCAAUGUCGACCAGCAUGACAAUCACACCAAAUAUGGGAUGACCUUCUUGAUGGCGACAGGCCUUUAUGCGAGUGUGCCUCCUGUGCUUGUGUGGAAUUCAAACAAUUCCGCCGGUCACUACAAGCGUGCAACCACCUCAGGCUAA